GGAGGCCCCGCCCCUUUGCCUCCACUCGUGCUCCGGAGGGGGGAUGUGGAUAGAUGGCGCGGAGACAGUGAGUGGAGAAGAUCGCGGUCAAUGAGAGGCUGAAGACCAGUUAAAGGCAGAAGACAAGGCUGGCAGCAGUUAAGGCUGAUUAAAUCUUUCCAUAAAGGAUGUAUUAGAACACUGAAUGACACAGAUCAACAAGAGGGAUUAAUACCUGUAUUGGAUGUACACAUGCAUUCUGAUGAACUUCUGUGGGCAUGCAUGAGGAUCUUAUUAUUAUGGUGUUUGCACAAGCAUUGAUGGUGUCACCUAAGUGUUUUCCAGCAGUUUUACCACUAACAACUUAUGCAUCCUUGUGUUGUUGACUCAGACAACGCUUUACAUCAGUGGGACAAUUGGCCUGUUUGAUUGCAAAACACCAGAAACCAUUUGGAAAUAUUGUUCUCAAGUGUGCAGGACGGUUGGGAUUAGAUUCUGUCUUCGAUCUUCUGUUCUUGCUAUGUGAGAAUGACAUCAUCAACGCACGCAGUUGAAAACAGGCGCACGCCAACGAAGAGCAGCCAGCAGGGACAGCCGCAUUUCCAAACAGCCUUCUGCUGUACGAGGAGAUGCUUCCUGAAUGUGGCUGAGCCUGCAGCUACCGGAAUAUGCCUCAGGGGGGCUGUCUUGCCAACGCCACGGACCGCGUGAGGGAGCCACCCACCACCGGCCCAGGGAGGCAUGGUUACAACCUUCAAGAUCGCUGUGCUCGGAGCCCAGGGGGUGGGAAAGACAGCCAUUGUGCGGCAGUUCAUGUACAACGAAUUCAACGAGGCCUGUGUCCCUACCAAGGCUCGCCAUAUCUUCCUGCCCGCUGUUGUCAUGAAUGGCCAUGUCCACGAAUUGCAGAUUAUGGACUUUCCUCCUGUAACCACUUUCCCAGUCAACACCCUACAGGAGUGGGCAGAUUCCUGUUGCCGGGGGCUCAGAAGUGCACAUGCCUACAUACUGGUUUAUGACAUCUGCUGCUUUGACAGCUUUGAAUAUAUUAAGACCCUGAGGCAGCAGAUCUUGGAAACAAGAGUAAUUGGUACCACCGACACCCCCAUCAUCAUAGUGGGUAACAAACGUGAUCUUCAGAGAGGCCGUGUCAUCCCUCGUUGGAAUGUGUCUCAUCUGGUAAAGAAAACCUGGAAAUGUGGCUACAUUGAAUGCUCAGCCAAGUAUAACUGGCAUAUACUGAUGCUCUUCAGUGAACUACUCAAGAGUGUCGGCUGUGCUCGAUGCAAGCACGUGCAUGCUGCGAUACGCUUCCAAGGAGCACUGCGCCGCAACCGAUGUUCGAUUAUGUGAAGAUACAUUCUCUACAUAGGGCUGUCUUAUUUGUGAAGCUAUCAAACAUUAUCGGGUGGGUAAGCUUAGGAGCCUCUUCCAGCCCUAAAAGAAGGACUGUUGGAUAUCAGAGAAUGUGCCUCAGAACUGUAUUCUAGCUGGUGAAUUUGAAUAACAAUAAAAAGAAUUUAAGUGGGGUAUAAGUUUGAACUGACAGUUACCUGUUGAUGCGUGUUGUUUCUGUGCAGAACUGAAACUUUCUCCUUGCAGCACAGAACCAGCCUAAAUAUGGAACAUCAGAGCUGCUGAUCCAGAAAUUGAAAUUCUCUGACAUUUUUUCCUGUGCUUGAGAACUCUUUUGAUAAAGAAGUAGCAUUGUGUUACACAGGAUACAGCUAUACACAAUGAACUUUAUGUAGGUCAAGAUAAAUGCAGUAUAAUACUAAACCUCUCAGGCAGAUGGACCCGCAUUGUCACUUCCCAUAACAAUGGGAUGCCAUCUUGUUAUUAGCUUUGGCUACAUUCAGUUUCACUCUCCCUGUAUUUGUGUUUUUCCAACAAAUGCUAAAGUGGCCACAGCAAUUUUCUUUUUUCCACUAUACUUCAGACACAUAUAGAGCUAGUUAUGGGCAUUGCACCCUUUAGCUGCUGAUGUAGCCAGAAAUAAAUUUAAUCAUAGAUACCAAGUAGACUCUAAUAUCAUAGAUACCAUGUAGACACUAAUAUAUCCACUUCAGCAACAGAGGCCCACUUGGAAUUUUGAUAAGAAACCCAUUUUUGAGUGUCUGUCUAUAUUUUAUUUGGGAUCCAGAGAUAAAAUUGCAAUUGAAAGCUCAAAUGCCAAGCAGUGCAGAGCCUAAUAUAUGUGUAUUUAACUGUGAAGUUUCUUUUUUUGUUUUGUAUCUAAAGUCUCCCAUUCAAUGUCUUUUUAUAGAUCUAUUUGUAACAGCAAAAACUCAAUUGCUGGAUGAAAAGCUAAAGGUAAUUUGUGACGGUUUCAGAAACCAUUGUCUGUAUAAGUUCUGUUUUUUCCCCUGUUGUGUGGAUUGUUACAGCUCAUAUUUGCUAUUUUCUUCUUUAUUGUUUCUUCUGUUAAUACCGGGCAUGACAAGCCUUUGGCAGUGCAGCUGUUACAGAACUAUUCUUCCCAGAGGAGUAGUUUUACAACAGUUGGAGCACCCAAGGUCUAGCCUAUACUUAAUAAUGACCAUGCCAGUGAAGAAUUUUUCUAUAAAGUCACUGUGAACAAAUGAUUGAUCUGGCAUCAUCUGUACCUUGACAAUUCAAUAAGGAGUUGUUAUUAAUGUUAACUAGUUAUGUUGUUAAUACUAAAAUCAAAAUAGAUGAUCAGUUCUAUACUAUAAUAUAAGGAGGGAUCAACCUGCAAUUUCUUUGAUGUGGCCACAAAGGUAACAUUGCUUUAAAAUAAUAUGUAAUACAUUUUCCGUAUGUUUGCCAUAGACAAUGUUAUGUCUUUUUAUUUGUGGAAAAUUGUUUUCUUUUCUCACUGCUCUUUCAGCACCAAAGGGAACUUUUCUGCUUAAUAAAAAUGUAAAACGUC